AUGUGGUUCCACCACCCCUCGCAGGCUUUGCCUCUGACCGCCACCGUUCCCAGGCUGCCUAAUGGGAUGGAAAGGAAGGCUGGGCGAGCGUAUAGAAGCGUGCUCGACCUUGUCGUGGCAGCCUGCACGGCAGCGCUGGCAGGCGCGAUGAGCGUCGUGCCACCUGACCUGACUUUUUCGAGCUCGCGCCGGCGGCGCAACGGCUUGCUUCCGCAGGGGCAGCCGCGGCCGCGGCUGCCGACCGGCGUGGCGACAUGGAGCGCCGACGAGGACCGUGCCAUCGACGAGGACCGUGACGGGCUGCGCUGGAAGGCUAUCGCGGCAAAGCUGCAGGGCCGCUCUGACAGCUCGUGCCGCAACCGGUGGCUGAGGCAGCGGCAGAGGGAGUUGGCCGCGCUGGGCACGGAGUGCAAGACGGCGGGCCAAAUUUUCGCCGAGUGGCGGCGUUUGCACCCCCCUCCGCUGUGCAAGUAG